CCUCGCUUUGGACUUCGGGGCGUGUGCGAGGCAGGCUGGCUCUUUCGCUCGCGGGCAUCUCUUUUUCUCUCCCCUGUGCGUCCUGGCUCUGAAUUCGCCCAGGGUCCAGGAUGACAAUCCGACACCAAGGCCAGCACUACAGGCCCAGGAUGGCAUUUCUGCAGAAGAUUGAAGCAUUAGUGAAGGACAUGCAGAACCCAGAGACAGGGGUUCGAAUGCAGAACCAGAAGAUCCUGGUCACCAGCAUCCCUCAUGCCAUGACAGGGAGUGAUGUUCUGCAGUGGCUCGCCCAGCGGCUCUGGAUCUCCAAUCUGGAGGCACAGAACUUGGGCAACUUCAUUGUCAAGUACGGUUACAUUUACCCCCUGCAAGACCCCAAGAAUCUCAUUCUCAAGCCCGAUGGCAGCCUCUACCGAUUUCAGACGCCAUAUUUCUGGCCGACCCAGCAGUGGCCAGCUGAAGAUACAGACUAUGCCAUCUAUCUGACCAAGCGAAAUAUCAAGAAGAAAGGGGUUUUAGAGGAACAUGAAAAGGAAAAUUACAAUUUCUUGAACAAAAAAAUUAACUACAAGUGGGACUUUGUUAUUAUGCAGGCCAAAGAGCAGUACAGGACUGGGAAGGAGAGGAGCAAAGCAGACCGGUGCGCCCUGGACUGCCAGGAGAAGGCGUACUGGCUGGUCCACCGAAGCCCUCCGGGAAUGAACAAUGUGCUGGACUAUGGCCUGGACCGAGUGACCAAUCCGAAUGAAGUCCAGGUAAACCAGAAACAAACAAUCACUGCUGUCAAGAAAGAGAUCAUGUAUUACCAACAGGCCUUAAUGAGGUCCACGGUGAAGUCUUCGGUGUCCCUUGGAGGGAUCGUCAAGUACAGUGAGCAGUUUUCAUCCAAUGAUGCCCUCAUGUCAGGCUGCCUUCCUAGCAACCCUUGGAUAACAGAUGACACCCAGUUCUGGGAUUUAAAUGCCAAAUUGGUGGAAAUCCCAACCAAGAUGCGCGUGGAACGGUGGGCCAUCAACUUCAGCGAAUUGAUUCGAGAUCCCAAGGGGCGACAGAGCUUCCAGUACUUUCUCAAGAAAGAAUUCAGUGGAGAGAAUCUGGGAUUCUGGGAAGCCUGUGAGGAUCUGAAGUAUGGAGAUCAGUCCAAGGUCAAGGAGAAAGCAGAGGAGAUCUACAAGCUGUUCCUGGCCCCAGGGGCGAGGCGGUGGAUCAACAUCGAUGGCAAAACCAUGGACAUCACAGUCAAGGGGCUGAGGCAUCCCCACCGCUACGUGCUGGACGCGGCCCAAACCCACAUUUACAUGCUCAUGAAGAAGGACUCUUAUGCUCGCUAUUUGAAAUCUCCAAUCUAUAAGGAAAUGCUGGCCAAAGCUAUCGAACCUCAGGAAACCACCAAGAGGAGCUCCAGCCUCCCGUUUAUGCGGCGUCACCUGCGCUCCAGCCCGAGCCCCGUGGUCCUGAGGCAGCUGGAGGAGGAAGCCAAGGCUCGAGAAGCAGCCAACACGGUGGACAUCACCCAGCCCGGCCAGCACACCGCUCCCAGCCCCCACCUAGCCGUGUACACAGGAACCUGCAUGCCCCCCUCUCCUUCCAGCCCCUUCUCUGCCUCCUGCCGCUCCCCCAGGAAGCCCUUCCCCUCUCCAGGCCGCUUCAUCCGGAGGCCCAGCAGCACCGUCUGCCCCUCGCCCAUUACGGUGGCCUUGGAGAGCCCCUUGGGCUCAGAGCAGAAGGGGGAGGCUGGUGGAUCCGGUACUGGCCAAGGACCCUCCAAUGCAGACACCUGCAAGGCCUCCACUGACUGCCCCUGGCCCCGGCCCCCGCCCAGGGCCCCCCUCAAAGCCCGCAUGGCUGUGUCCUUCAGCAGUUUUCUGAGACGAGGCUGUCUAGCCUCCCCGGUCUUUGCCAGGCUCUCGCCCAAGUGCCGCCCUGUGCCCCAUGGGAAGGUGCAGCCCCUAGGGGAUGUGGGUCAGCAGCUGCCACGGCUGAAAUCCAGGAGAGUGACAAACUUUUUCCAGAUCAAAAUGGAUGUGCCUGUGGGGAGUGGAACCUGCCUGAUGGACUCAGAGGACAGUGGGACAGGAGCAUCGGGUGACCAGGCCAUCAAGAAGGAGGUCAUCUGCCCCUGGGAGAGCCUGGCCUAGGGGCAAGCUGGCUGAGCCAGGGGCCUUGGACCAGGCAGGUGCUCCUGGCAGUCUCCGCUGGAUGGGGCCACAGACACUCUCGA